CGCUUGACUUCCCGCUCACAAGGCGUCAUACACAUUCGCUUACCUGUGCACACCUGUUCAGAAAACGAGACGGGAGUGUAUAGGUAUAGUGUGUGUGUGUACCUAGGAAAUUUGCACGUGUGUGUUACCAAUCGUGGCUCUCAUAUAUAAACGACUAGGCGAUAUAUAGGGCGAGUCAGAUAAUAGAUACAGGUGCCUUCACACCACGGGACAGUACUGUUGUACACCACAGUGGGGGAUACCUGGCUGAUAGUCUAUAAGGGAGGUUACACCUGACUGAUAGCAGUCUAAACGGACAAACACGUGGCCUGACAGGAUGGACUAACACACAUGGACACACCUUAGAAUCGAACAGGUAUCCCGGACGCCAAUCCUACUACCAUUCUGAUAAGAAGACGACUUGACAUCACAAGCUGAAUGAAUGAAAUGUAUAUGAACAGACGCAGGUGAACGUCUUGGUCACAACUAAAAAGAUAAAAAUGAACUAUUUAAAAUCCGAAAGCUACGAUUGAAAUACAUCAACAGUUGUGAUAUAGACGUGACGCUGCAUCAGUGAUCACUCUGACGUCAUCAAUACGUCAUCUGUUCAUCAUGACAUCCAUUUCGAUGGCGUCUUUCACUACACCGAGGACCGGGACAUUGUUCAUUGGAUUUCUGUUUUUGUUAUUAUCGUACUUCCUUGUGAUGGAUUUUCUGGUGUACCAGUCCCUACAGACGUUAGAUUUUGUGAACCAGGAUUACAAGGGAGGCUACUCGCCAUUCCGUCCUCUCUCGGUGAAGCUCCUCAUGUUGGAUCAUAUGGAUCAUUAUGUUUAUAUCCCUUUAGCAGAGGCUGUGUUUAACAUAUUUGAACCUACGGGUAUAUAUUUCAUCCUUACACCAAAUGUCAUUAGUUUUACGGGUCUUUUUCUCGGCUUCGUAGCCGGAAAAUGUGUGUCCAUGGAAUCUCUGUAUCAUAGACGUAUCGGUGUGUUGAUUUUUGAAUACCGAAUGUGGCUAGAUGUACUUGAUGGUGUUGUGUUUCGUCACACGUCUGGCAAUCCAGCAUACAAAUCCCAUAGAACAUCGCUAGGCUUUUUCAUAGACGUUGAUUGUGACAUUUUAAGUGGCAUCGCUCUCUCUUUUGGAUGUUUAUUCUAUUUAUGGAAAUUCCCACCUGCAAUACAGCCACAUGACCUUCUUUUACCUAUCUCUAAACCUUUUUUGAACACGAGUGUAAAUGGACAUUCCGGCGAUUCUCCAGGAAAGAAUAACGGAACUAACAACAAAGCUAGUAAAAACUACGUAUUCCUAAAGUGCUUUGUGUUCGGGGCUGUUAUUACGCUGGCCACUUCCACGUGGGAUAAUAUGAUACAGCUGUACUCGGACGUUUUACAGACACCUAUGGCAACAACAGCACUGACGGAAAAACAGUUGGAGGCGACGCACUCGGGGGUCACGUGGUUGAGUAUGUGGUUGUGGCGAUUCUGCGAGGCUCAGACGAUACUUCACUUCCUGCAGCUCGCCAUUGUCACCGACAAGAUCUGGGAAUUCCUUAACUUUAUUCAGUACGCCGGAUUUGUUGCAAUGGCGAUGUUGAAUAUAUUCAGCUAUCUUCAAGUCAGACACAUGCGAGGUAUGCUGGGAAUGUUCGACUCAUGACAGAAGAACUUAUAUAAAUUAUCACUCCAUUGCAGAUAGAUAUAUAUAUAUAUAUAUAAUAAAAUGCAUCAUAUUUUCAAAUAAAUUACAUUAUUUUUUAUA